UUCACACCAUGAAUCAUUCAUUACCUCUCAAGGCAACGCCGACUCUCCAGACUGCGGGCGGAGCUGCUUCCACAAGAGGUCGUGUUUGCCACGUCUGGGAUACAAACCUGCAUCGGUAGCUGUCGGGCAAGGACUACGUGGUUUUUUUCCCUCCCUCCUGCUACUCCCACUCCCCCUCCUCUCCUAAGAGGGAACAAGGAACGAGGUGCAGCGGCUGGACAUUCUCUCUCUCUUUCUCUCUCUCUCUCCCCCUCUCUCCUCUCCCCUCCCACCCCUCUGUCCUACCCCCAAGGACCAUGCCGGGGGUAGAGAAGGUGACAGAUGCAAUGCCAACCCGGCCAACAGACGCCUGAUUCCUGGCCGAGGCUACACAAGCCCCCUCCUCCUCCCCCCCCAUCCCCGUCCUCCUGCAGCGGCCGGGAGGGAUGAACCAGGCUGCCGGCUCCGACUACCCUCGGAUGGGAGCGGGCGAUUCCGCUGCUUCUGUGCUCGCCGCGGGUCCCGAUGCUGCUGCCGCCGCCGCCGCGGAGAUGCUCCCGGGCUGGGAACGGGCUGGAGGUGGCUCCUCGCCCCGGGAUGGCAGCAAGGUGCCUGUGGCUCUGCUCCUUGAUGCUGCUGCUGAUGAUGCUUCAGCCCGUCUCCUCUCGCAACGGGCCGGGCAUGAUUUACCAGAUCUUGGACCUGUCUACACCUCUACCUCCCGUGGCACCUCGCCCGCACCGAGUGUCCCACUUCUCUGAGGUCUGGUCGUGGGCAUUGCGGACCACCCGAGCGCCCACGUUGUCCUCCCACCCGCCGUCAUCCUCCAAGGUCAACGCUCUGGUGUCCGAGUUCGUGGAGGGAGUCACCAUCAGGACAUCUACCCGAUCCCCCCUCACGGACACGACGACACCGACCACCGUCGGGACCUCUCCCAGCUCGACGCAUCUUCCCGACCAGCCCCCCGAGACCGAGGCGUACGAAACUUGGCACAUCUCCGAGUGGUUAAUGCCCGACCCCACCGUCGUGACGGAGGUGCUCACCAACCCGGUGGAAGCUCCCUCAGCUACUCUGCCGAAGAGCUCAGAUACCACCAUGGUGACCCCAUCGCCACCCGGAUUUCACCUCAAGACCGUGACUCAACCCGAGACAGCCAGACGCGCUUUGACGCCGCCAUCGCUGUCUCCGUCGACGACCGUCUUCAACCAGGCAGCGGCCACUGGCGGGGCGACCACGGCGUGGAAGUUGGCGGACAAAACGACCAGCGCCACCGCCCUGCCCACCUGGCGCUGGACGUCAACCGCCAUUCCGCGCCAAACCCGGAUGAUGGCGCCCAGCGCCGCCACCUUCACCUCCUCCACAUCCCCUCCGCGCCAGGCCCGGACAAUGGCGCCAACCGCCGCCUUCUCCUCCUCCUCCGCUCCGCGCCAGACACGGACAAUGGCGCCCACCACCACCACCAUGACCGCGCCCACCGUGAGAAGGACCUCGACGCCACCCGUGCUGGCCCUGACCGCGGCACUAACCUCACUCACCACCGCCGCCGUCAUGAGCACCAGGGGCCUGCGGGCAACGGCCCAGAUCAUGGCCACCGCCGCCGCCGGCAGCAGCAGCAGCAGCCGGUCCACACCCGCCCGCUCCUCGCCGACUCCCGGUCUCAACUGCAGGUUGUCGGACCAACUCUGGGUCAGGACAGUGGUGACCUUGUCCUCGAGAAGGGUCCAAACGGAUGCGAUCUUUAAGCAGAACCUGACCCGGGGACUCACCGAGGCUCUCCAGCGAGCUUUCUUCAAUAAUGGUAUUCAUGCCGAGAUCGAAAGCCUCGACAAAAGGAACAAGGUCUUUGUUGGGUUCUACACGGUGAGUGGAAGUGAGGUUUACAUUCCCGCCACGGUGACUGAAGUCAUUGCUGACUACGGCGUCGAGAACCUCAGCCGCGACCUGCAGAGUUACGUCCCAGAUGUUCAAUCAGUCCUCAUCGCUGCCUCACCCUGGGCUCCGCUCCCCGCUCCCUGGUUCCAAUUGAGGACAGUGCUCCAGUUUGUCAGUACCACGGACAUCAUCAAAUUCUGCAGCUUCGUGCAGAUCAUGGAGGCGAGACUCCAGAGAGCAUUCGAGGAGGCCGAGUCACGAGCCGCCACCGCCGCUAAAAGCAACUUACGAGUUCAGAUAUUGAACACCUCGGUGCUGGACAGAUCCACAGCCGUCACCAUGGUGUACAUGGUGAGGAAUCAGAGUACGCUACUCAAUGGGACAACAGCCAGCAGCCUAUUGCACCACCUGACCCCCGCUGAGCUGGGAUACUACCUCGCCUACCCGCCCCUGACGUUGGCUGAACCUCUGGAAUACGAUAAUCUGGACACCUCACCAGCGACCGAGAAAUAUUGGGUUGUGACAGUUAUCCAGGGCGUUGACAACACGUCGCUGGGCGAGAGGUACCAACGCUUCGCCAGCCUCAUGGAGCAGCGGCUGUCCAACCUGUUUGUGGCUGCCCAGCAACACGGGCGACGGUUCCGCCGUGCCUCAACGAUGGGCGCCUACACCGUGCAGCUGGUCAGGAUUAAUCGUCUCUCUGGCCCUAAGAGUCCGGCUGAGUUGACCUACUACGCCCUGGAGGAUGGCAGGGCCUUGUUGGGAACUACGGCUGCCAAGAUCCUCAACACAGUCGACCCGCAGUCCAUGGCCUUGGAGCUCGGCUACCGGGUACAGCUCCAGGCCGAGCCCGUGGUGAAGAACCCGCCCAACAACCUAUGGAUCAUUGCCGCGGUGCUCGCUCCCGUCAGCGUCGUGACUGUGAUCAUCAUCAUCAUCUCCACCGUGCUGUGUCGGAAGAACAAGAGCGAGUUAAAAUCCGAGACCAUGUCCAACCUGCAUCAGAGAGCCAAGCCAGUCCAAGGGUUUGACUACGCCAAGCAGCACAUCGGCCAAUAUGGUGGAGACGAUGAAGUGGCCAUCACCCAGGAGACGGUGAUCCUACCGAUCGCUGGCCGGGAUGCCACCAUUCCCCAAGAAAGGGAAACCGUCCCGGAGGCAGACAACAACAAAGCUGCAAAAAACAUUGAUAAUCGAAGAAGGAUGAGGGAAGAAACCAGAACACCUAGAGGAAAUCCACGCCGUCACAGAGAGAACGUGCAAACUCCACGUGGAUGGCACCAGAGCAGGUUGCACAGCGAGCAGGACUCCAUCCUCAGCGAGCAGUCAGCAAAUCUCGACUCGACCAGCGACUCUCCGGAGAGAGCCACGGGGCAGCAGAGGACUGCGCAGGAGGGGUUGAAGAAGCAAAAUGUCGCGGUGAGCGACGAGGAGGAGAGUGCCACCUUGUUUGAGCACGUGUCCAAGACGUCGGACGAUCCUUUUGACACGCCCUCGGGGUCCGUCCAGCUCCUGUCUAUUAAGCCGCUGACCGCACAAACCGGGUAUACCCAGUCCGGCUCAGAGAAGAGUCCCGAGAUACCAGCAGUCAACGGGGAGGUGAGCAAAGCUCUGAAGCAGAAGUCUGACAUUGAGCACUAUCGCAACAAGCUCCGCCUGAAGGCCAAGAGGAAAGGCUAUUAUGACUUUCCCGAGUUUGAGAACAACCAGCCCAGCUUGGAGCAGCAGAGGAAGGUCUACGAGAAGGGGCAGAUGGAAGAUGGAAGGGGCCGAGCACUGGAGGCUGAGGUGCGGGGUUCAUCCACCUUCUCUGAAGCCAGAAACAGGCAGUCGCAGGUGAAGAACACGGUGUACAGGAGCAGGCAGUCCCUGAACAGUCCGAGUCUGGGUGGCACCGAGAUGGAUCUGCUGGUCACGCGGGAGAAGUCACGACGAGGCAUUCGCAACAAUGGAUAUGACACGGAGCCGGAGCUGAUAGAGGAGACCAACGUGGACCGGGUGACGGAGCCACGGAACGCCGCCCGGGUCCGGCAGGCCAAAGGUCACUCGGAGUCAUCCACCCUCAGCUCGCAGCCGUCCAUCGACGAGGUGCGGCAGCAUAUGCACCAGCUCCUGGAGGAGGCCUUCAGCCUGGCAUCGACGGGCAGGGUGGCACACAGCCGCCACCAGCUCCACUGCCCCGUGGGACAACCGCUCCCCUACACCGAGCUGGUCACCAGCGCCCCUGGAACCAUGAGCAGGACCAGGGCAGGGUUCCAGUGGGUACCCGCCCAUGCCCAGGACCUGUGCCAGUACAGUCUACCCAGACCCGCGUACAGAUAUUCCCAACUCCCGGAGAUGUCCGUUGGAUCUCCGCCUCCCGUACCUCCCAGGAAUGCGCCGGUUCCUGCCACGUCCCUCAGACGUUCCACCUCAGAGAGUAGCAACACCGCCAGAGUGGGCGAACGUCACAUCUCCGAACAGGCGCAGCACGAAGCUCCCUACGCACCAGCUCCCAAGACCGCUGCCCCUGUGGAACAGCCAAACGCAAAUUACUCAGGUAGCUCAGUGCCAGCGGUUUAUGCUAUACCAGCGAACCGCUCUGGAUUCCCAAAUUACUACAUCCCGGCACCCGCGCCGUACCGUAACCAUGGCUGGGUCCCCUACAUCGGUGAGGGAGAAGGACCAAACCCUUGGGCAGAGAACGUGACGUUGCCGGGCUACGUGGAAGCCUACUCACACGCUCGCUACCCGCACAGCUCCCCUCCUCACCAGUACAGCCAGACCCAGCCGGCCAACCCGCCGCGGCGCCUAGAGCACGCCCGGUCCCCGUCCACCGCCGUCUCGCAACAGAGCCUGGCGGAAACGGAACCGUGCGAGGCUCCCUACAAUAACAUCUCCACCACUGCCCUGGUGAAGGCCAUCAGGGAGGAGGUGGCCAAACUGGCCAAGAAGCAGACGUGCAUGUUCGAGUUCCAGGUCUAGGAAGUCUCUCCCAACAAGACCAUUCCCAGAAACUGUUCCUUCUGGGGGGCCAUCGGGAAGAGCCCAUGGAUUUCCAACAUCUUGGCCAGAGCUAGAACAAAGACUAACAUAAUUGCUGUAUGGAUUUGGGCCAUUGUUUUAAGCGUGAGGAGCCAGUUCAUCGGGUACAUUGGUCCAUUGGGAGAAUCUCCACCAACCCAAGUUGCGUUUCAUCCCGGUCCUGUCAUUGAAGUAUAAAGUUUAACCUGAGACCGCUGCGUUCCUGGAAUCUGGGAGGACUCCGAUGAAUCUUCAGGAGGGUCACGUUUGCGGAAAGCAGAUGUGCAAAAGGUCAAAACUAAGUUGAGAAAGGUGACCUUGAGCAUGAGAAAGGCAACAAAAUGGCAACAAAAAAAAGUCAUAACUGUGCCAAACAUUUGAACAAACCCAUUAGACAGGGAGUUCUGGCAGUUGUAGAACCUCCGUGACUUGUUGCUAUCAGGCAUAUCCUGCAGGAGGCUCAUUUGGGAACUCAAACUUCAUUGAAGCUAGUGUCACACCUGGACAACUCCAUCUGACGUGGCAAGCUAGUGAGACAAUUCCUCCCAUUUUAAUGGAAGCCCAGAGGCUGAAGCAUUGCUCCUCUCUAUCUGCGAUCCCCAGUCAACUUGCAGCUGCGGAUGCCAAGGGUGUGCUUGUUACGUGGAGCCGGUGGGAGGCAUGGUGUGACGAUGGAUCACUGGGGCCCAUUUGCACAACCACUGGGAGACAUGAUUCAGGUGGAGAACAAUAGCCUCCAUUGAUACACUGGGUACCUGUCGCAACUUGUAAAUCCCGUCGCCUUCCCUUCAACAAACAAUGAACUGGUCUUGGAAAUGGCACCAAAGUUUGCACUUUACGGGUCAACCAUGGCUUAGAUGUGAAGUGUUUCAUUCAUGGCAUCCCAGGGCAAAGUUUAAAGGGCAAUGCUGAAUAUCAAAGUUUUCGGGAAGCAGUUGGAACCUAAUCCUUUGUGAAAGACUCUGAAGGGUCCAACAUGGGCAAAGGGGGCAUAGUAUACUGAAACGUCAUGGGGCAAUUGAAUGACAGAACAACCUUGAUGAUGUGAAUGACAUUCUGCUGUUACUUGAUGGGCAAGGUGGCU